AUGGCGGAUUUGGAAAAUUUAAGCGAACGAGAUCGCGCUGUUCUCAGAAGCAUUUUCGAUCCAACGGCAACUAUCGCCAAUGUAUUCGAUGAAGGGGACAAAUUUGUAGAAGACGAAGAUGUUACCGAAAUAGAAAAACAGUCUAAAUCUCUCGGCCUUCAAGGAGUGCAAUUGGCUGAGGCGGGAAAACUAGAAGAGGCUUUAGUACUGCUGAAUAAAAGCGUAGAAGUGGCACCGGAGCGGGCUUCAGCGUACAAUGAUAGAGCACAGCUGUAUCGACUCAUGGAUAGGGUCGAUGAUGCAAUGCAAGAUAUAUCUCGUGCGUUAAAACUAACGGAGGGCAAGAAGACCCGCGCAAGAGCACUCGCACUUUGUCAACAAGGUGUGCUUCACCGUAAGCUAGGCGAUGAUGAUAGCGCACGCUCGAGCUUCCAAGAGGCUGCUAAACUUGGGAGCGCUUUCGCUAAGAAACAGGUCGUGGAACUGAAUCCUUACGCAGCGCUCUGCAACCAAAUGCUGAGUCAAGUGAUGAAAGGAGAAAAGGACAUCAAAUUU